CCCUCUCUCUCUGCACUCUCACACACUCCCUCUCUUUACUCUGAAGUUGUGUGGACCACUUCUGCUGUCUGUAUAUGUUCCUGCUGCAAGAUUUAGAGUAAAGGUAAAAGAAGACCAACAGCCAGACAGCAUAAAGCAGUGGACUGAUCAACACAGCGUCAUCAUGUACAGUUUCAGCUUCCCACUGGUGCUAGUGUGUCUACAGGUUUGCAUCCCUUUUGUGUUUGGCGCACCAACUCAAUGCCCAAGCCAGUGCCACUGCCAUGGGGAUCUGCAACAUGUUAUCUGUGACAACGUCGGGCUGAAGAAGAUUCCCCCCAUAUCCGAGGCCACCCGUCUCCUAAACCUGCAACGCAACAACCUGGGAAAUCUCGCAACUGGGAGCUUCAGCGAGAUGAAGGGGCUAAUUUCUCUGCACCUGCAGCACUGUCAGAUCCGAGAGAUCUCCAGCCAGGCUUUCAAAGGAUUGAAGAAACUCAUCUACCUCUACUUGUCUAACAAUGAGAUCAGCACCAUCAAACCAGGUGCUUUUGAGGACCUGACUGAACUGACCUAUCUCUACUUGGAUGGUAACCAAAUUACAAGUCUUCCGAAGGGCAUCUUUUCUCCCAUGAUCAACCUCUUUAUCCUGCAACUAAACAACAACAAGCUUGGAGAGCUGCAGCCUGGUACUUUCAAUGGUACUAGUGAUCUCCGAUGGCUUUACAUGAGUGGCAACGAGUUGAGCUCCAUACAGCCAGGUUCUUUUGAUGAAGUGGAGAACCUGGCCAUUCUAACUCUGGACCACAACAAGCUGUCCAUAUACCCUCUCCUGGCUAUGAGCAAGCUGCGCGUGGUGGAGGAACUCAACCUGUCCAAAAACCCUCUCAGCCUCAUCCCUGACCACGCUUUCCGGAGCUUUGGUCGCUACAUGGAGAAGCUCCAUCUAAAUGACAUGAGCCUGGAGAAGUUCUCCAGUGCUGCCUUUGAGGGAGUGACGGCCCUCAAAUCUCUUCACCUUGAGAACAACAAGCUAAGAUCACUACCGAGCAGCCUUGAGUUCAGCACCCUCCAGAACAUCACUCUCUUUAACAACCCCUGGAGCUGCACCUGCCAGUUAGCAAACCUCAAAAAAUGGAUGGACACUAGCCGCCAACGCCCUGAUGCAGUUUGUGCUUCUCCUGGAAGCCAGAAAGGAAAGCAAAUAAGAGACAGCACUGCUUUCACCCGCUGUAAGGCAAAGACAAAGAGGGCCAGGAAGGGAGCACGGCUUUGAGAUGGUUUGUUGGUGCAUUUCAAUUUUGGCUUUGGCACUAUGUGCAGACCACUAGAUGUCCAAAACUGAGCUUGGCAAUCUUACUUGUUUGUUCCCGCAGGAGGACAGGGAGAAGAGGCCUGUCCAGAUGUUGGGACUUCAAUGUGCAGAAAAGAAAAGCAAUGCAGACUGCUACAUUGGAACUGUCCAUUUCCUCUUUCACUCAUUUUUUGUGUGAUAUAUAGAUGCGCUGACUCAAUACAUACUAAAUAACAUGAAUAAAUGUUAUUUUAUAAAUAUGUGUUCACAGACAUUGAUAAACACUUUGAAAGAGCAACUGUGUGAGUUUGCAAAGAGAGUUUUCACAAACAUGUACACCACAAAGAAAAUACGGCUCAAACUCUCAGUGUUUCAUUUUUAUAGUAAUGCAUUUGCCAAUUCAAAAACCUGGUGAUAAAUCUAACAUUAUCACAGAACUAGUUUCUACACCACAAUAAACAAUCAGGACUCUUCUCCAUAAAAUGAGAAUUGGUCUAAUAGAUUUGCAUUGAUUGGCAUUCACUUAGAGACUCAGCAGUACCUUAUUGAAGUAUAAAUGUGCACAGGUAAUUCAUCAAACACCUCAAGAUUGUAUGUUUUGACAGAUUUAAGCAUAUUUUUUUUAGCACAGAAAUGUGGAAGAAUGUACAUAAAAGCCAACCCUUUUCGUGUAUAUCAAACCAAAUGGCCACUGUAGAAUGAAUCUUGUCCAUUCUUCUGAUUCUAAUUUUAAGGUCUUCCACGGCACACUCCCAUUAUCAGGGUAGAAGCACUUAAAAUUAUACAACCAAAGAGUUAUAAUCACAACAGAGCUCUUCAUGAGGUUCCUCUUUUAAUAUUGUGAGUUCAUCCUUAGCUUUAAACAUCUCACAACGUCCUGCAAGGAAUUUCUGGGCUUUGCAAAUAUAACAAACCUUGACCGUGACUAAAGCUGACACAUUCAAGAUGUGACAUGACCUGACCUCUUCUUUACAUCUCUGACCAACGUCAAACGCAACACAGGCCAUGAAAACAUGGACUCCUUAUAGCCGUGAAAAUGGUAAAUGGGAUAAUGUAAAGACUAUGGAAGGAAUAACACAGCUAGUCAUUAUCACACAAUAAACCUAGACAGGAUGAUCAGGAAUGGUUGCCAAAUAUACAGAUUAGCCAUUAAGAACUCUGCGACUGACCAAUCAAAAUCAAGAAAUGACAAGUGAUGGUGGUGCCAGAAGAAGAGGAUUUACGAAAUUGAGACAAAUGGAGGUUCUCCAGUCUAAUGUUAUCAUUUUUUUACUGUUGUGUACUCAUGCUCAAUAAAAGAUAUACAAAGCA